AUGGAGCUGGACGACGAGUUCUUGGUCGUCUGGCAGGGCUUCAGCGAGAUGCACGGCAAGCCUUGGGACUACAAGGACGAAGCGAGCUUGCGGGCCUUCCUCUUGGAGCGCAUUCAAGAGGGCUUCUCCUUCCCCCUGAACCCGGUGUGGCCCGUCCGAGACAAGGGCUGGUUCGAGGUCUUCCAGGCCCUCCGCGCGUCGGAGCACGGAGCUACAGACCUCCAGUCCUGGUUCCCGCCGGAGUUGGACUACGCGAGCACCAUCGAGAAGCUGCAUGCCAAGUUCCCCGAAGGCUUUCGGCUCGUCCAAAAGUGCUUGGCGCCCAGAGCUUGUUUGUGCUUGUGCAACACAUGGCUAAAACAGCUGUAUCAAGUCAAGCACGCUCUUUCAGAAGAGGGCUUUCUUUGCUUGCUUGAACUGCUUUCCUGCGAAUCUGAAUGCGGGUUUGUACGAAGGAGAAGCGCGAGCGAAGUCGAGAAGAAGGAGAUCUUUGAAGUCACAGUGAAGCUCAGUGAAGCUCUCUCUCUCCCUCUCUCGGGUAGAGAACGUGUCUGGCAGCUUGAGAGCGGCGCUCGCUCGGGGAAUGGGAAGUAA